ACAGCAACAUGGGAGAGUGAGAGAGAGACACAUGGAGAGAGAGAGAGAGAGAGAGAGAGAGAGAGAGAGAGAGAGAGAGAGAGAGAGAGAGAAAAUGGGAGGUUAGGACUUGCUAGAUAAUCAGAGAAGAGCCACUAAUGCAGAGCUUGGUGCACAGCUGGUGCGACGGGUGAGGAGGCUGCAGGCUGACACUGACUGGAGGAUCAGUGACAAUGUGGAGCGAGCGUGGGAUCUAAUGCACUGGAGAACAUCAUCAAGUCACCAACACAAGAAUCGAAGGGGGACACAUUUGGACGAAACAGGUGCAGAAGAGGAGCUUUGGAGCAGCAGACCGGAGGCGGAUUGACAGAGAGGAUGUGGCUCGUAAGGUGUAUUUGGAGGAAACUAAUGUGGGAAGGGGCUGCGGACGUCAUCUAGCAUCUACUGGACAAAGAAGUGAAAGAGAAAAUGUUCUGUAUAAUGCAACAUUGACAACUUGAUAAGAUUUGGCUUUAGAAAAUAUUUUGCACAGAUCUUCUUUCUCAUUGUUCCAACUUCUCCUCCAGAUAUAAACAUUUGGACUUCUUGGAUUUCAAACCUUUACAAAGUUGAGAUCAACUGCUCACCACCAGUUUAUCAGUGCAACCAGACCUUGAUCUUUAGCUUCAUCUAAAGAAGAAAGCGUGCAUCUCCACUGCAUCUCUCUAAUGACACAACCAUGGAGGCCCGGCACGAGUGUAAAGACGUGGAUUACGACCUGGAAGACGUGUUGCAUCCUGCCAGGUUGCCGGUCCUGAUGAGGUGUCUGAGCCAUGUGGUCCGCUGAGAGCAUGGAGCCUGAGAAAGCACACACCCAGAGCAGCUUCUUCACCAAGGUGGACGUGCCCGACCAUGCUCACUACAUCGUUGCUCUGUUCGUCUUCGUCAUCGGGACGCUGGGCAUCACCGGCAAUGCUCUGGUUAUGUUCGCCUUCUAUAGUAACAAGAAGCUUCGUAACCUGCCCAACUACUUCAUCAUGAACUUGGCGAUCAGCGACUUCCUCAUGGCCUUCACACAGUCGCCCAUCUUCUUCAUCAACUGUCUCUACAAGGAAUGGGUGUUCGGAGAGAUGGGCUGUAAGUUGUACGCAUUCUGUGGCGCCCUGUUCGGCAUUGCCUCCAUGAUCAACCUACUGGCCAUCUCCAUCGACCGCUACGUGGUUAUCACCAAGCCCCUGCAGGCGAUUCACUGGAGCUCCAAGAGGAGAACUGCACUGGCAAUCCUCAUGGUCUGGCUGUACUCUCUGGCCUGGAGUCUGGCUCCUCUCGUCGGCUGGAGCUCUUAUAUCCCAGAGGGGCUGAUGACGUCUUGUACGUGGGAUUACGUCACAUACACAUUGGCCAACAGGAGCUACACGAUGAUGCUUUGCUGUUUUGUUUUCUUUAUUCCUCUGGGAAUCAUCUUUUAUUGCUAUCUCCUCAUGUUUCUGGCCAUAAGGAAGACUGGCAGGGAGGUAGAGCGUCUGGGAACUCAGGUGAGGAAAUCCACCCUCAUCCAGCAGAAGUCCAUCAAAAGCGAGUGGAAGUUGGCGAAGAUCGCCUUCGUCGUCAUCGUGGUUUAUGUCCUCUCCUGGUCACCAUAUGCCUGCGUCACACUGAUUUCCUGGGCAGGGCACGCCAACAUCUUGUCGCCAUACUCCAAGGCCGUCCCUGCAAUCAUAGCAAAAGCCUCGGCCAUCUACAAUCCCUUCAUCUAUGCAAUCAUACAUAACAAAUACAGGAUGACUCUAGCAGAGAAGUUUCCCUGCCUCUGGUUUCUCGCUCCUACUCCUCGGAAGGAAUGCACCUCCUCCAUCAGCGAGUCGUCUUACAGGGACUCCAUCAUCAGCCGACAGUCCACAGCAUCAAGGACACACUUCAUUUCGGCGGCCUCCAAUGCCACAGACAUGGUGUUGAGGGAUGUAGAGAUGGAGCCGUUGGGCAGGAAGUCAGGUGACUCCUUCAGAAGCAUGUCGUCGUACGGCCACUCUUGCAGAGGGAGGUCCUAUAAGAAACAAUUGGAGCGGAAAGCAACAAAGACCUAUGCACCACAGAAGUGUCCGUCCACCAUGAAUGAACCAUCGAGCACUUGUGAACAUGAACUGGUUUCCAGCUCUCUUACCAUCGCCACUGUCCCCCUACUAGUUCUUACCAGGAUGCGCAGCCAGAGUCUGAACAAUGAUAUUUCAAACGCUGGGGAGGAGAAACGCAGCAUCAGCGAUCGGCUCAACAGCCUCAAGAGCGACUCUUUCGACUCCCUCAAUUUCAGAACGAUCCUAUCCAGCAAUCCCCGGUCGCUUCAGGGCAUCCCGCGCAUAAUCGUCAUCAGUCCCACGUCUGAGAGCAGCCUCAUCAAACAGGACAGCGUGUGCAUGGAGGACAGCAUUGAGGCGAUGGAGAACAAUACUUUUGUCAGUCUGAACUUCUCGUCCGAAGUGUUCGAGGCCGUGGAGCUGCUCUCGUGAUGAGCUGGACUUCAAUACUUACCCUUGUGAUCCUCUCUGUUAAAGCUUCACGACUUCUGACCACAGAUCUCACACACACAUAUACGCCUCUCUACAAACUCACACUCGUCUUUAUCCACUGAAAUUAAUCUGUCAACUGUUUUUGACUCUUUCGGUAAAUCCAAGCUCUGCUGCCCCGUUCCUUCGAUAGCUGGAGCGCAGAGGACAAGCUGGUGAAACAAUAUGACCUUGAUGCUGGUAUGCAGAGUGCACUGUCUGUCAGACUUGGCAGGGACACGGGCGCCCUGAGGGGGCAGCACGGGUUACAGCAUAGUUUUGUUAGAUCCCACAAAUAUGACAAGUGCAACAUGUUUUCAUGAGCUCGGAGCCUAAACUUGACAGGAUGGGUUUUUAGUUUGGCUAUUCACUCUUUGAUAUAAAGCUUUGAGCUGAAAUAUUCAUGAUUUAUUUAAUUUAGGUCCACAUAAUGUGAUCUCUAGAUCAGUCCGGUUCAGGGUAAUGGAUAAAAACACUUUAUAGUAUUGGUUCACUAGCUAGGACCACACCAUUAACAAUGCAAUGAUGGGAUGUAUGAAAACACUGCAGGGGAUUCUCCAAUCGGACACGUUCAGCAAGGGAAACUCUCUGGACAACUUCAUCUGCGUCUUCUAAGUGCAUGGCACCGCUUUUUCAUCCUGAGAUAUUUCAUCCUGCACCUGCUAGACAGCCUCAAGUAAAGGAGCAUCAAUGACCAAUAGAUGUUUUUUGUUCUUUUUGAUAAAAAAAAGAAAAGGAUACAGCGACUCUGAUUAAGAAAAGAAAAGCAAUGCCUUUGGGUUGUGAGGAUGUACUUGAAGUAUUUAGAUUCAGUUGUUGUCUCCUGGUUGUUGUCUCCUGGUUGUGGCUCCCUCAGCCUGUGUGGACCUCUCCAGCUUUCCAUUGGCAGCGAGACAGGAGCGUAAUGAAAAACGGAGACGGUUGAUACUGAUCAGAAUUCUGACGUGGGGUCAAAUGUGACUCAUAAAACUAGGAACUUUUUACUUUUUCUUUGUGGUGACUUUUAAUAUGUCUGUGCUUCAUAAUAAAUACUCAACUGCUCCCUUGAACUUUUCCUAUUUAGGUCAACCAAAGAUUAAAUUGGAGUUUAUUUAGUUUGUUUACUCGUCUUAUUGGAUUAUUAUUAGACCGAACAUAAUCACUCGAGCCAAUGAACGACAACUGCUUUUGUUUCUAAUUGGCUACAUUUCCUUUUCCCAAUUCUUGCAAUCCUUCUCGUCCGGCUAUUCUGCAGCAUCCAUUCGCAUCUACUGCAAAUACAAAAGGACCAAUGUGGCAUCAUGCCUUGAUCCACAAAACUGAAUGUGAACAAAUGUGAAUCAAGUCAGAUGUGACGGCUGUAUCAUCUGCGUUUUAACAUUUGAUGCUCGUGCAUAUGUUGGUUUUAUGACUACGAACAUACUGCAAUAACAACAAUUGAGGAGAUGUUCGUCAAUGUGUCAUCUGGAUCCAACUCUUGACACAGGUCCUUCAAUCACAUGCGAUUAUCCUGAUGUACUGUAAUUAAUCCAAAAAGCAGGGACGUGUUACCUUUAACCCCUUGCUCGUCCAAACUCUGCACUUGCCUGACCCCUAUUGGACAAUUUUACAAAACUCUGGAUUAUGUUCAAUGACAUUGACUCAACCAAACAUGAACAGGAAGUACAUUUUGGUUAAAGGGAAAGAAAGACUGUGGCUAUGGUCAAUAAACUGUAAGGGUUAAGGUGACAUGUGGCUUUAGUCAAACAAGGUGACUAGAGAUGCCAAAAACUUGAGAAUUUAAAUAAAUGAUUAAUGCAUAGCCUGCAAUGUACUUACUGUACAUCUAUAGUUUUCAGUCUGCAGCAGAUGAGUCAUCAGAGGAUAAAAACAAUGAUUCAUACUCAUGAAACUAAAUAUUUGAUUUUGACGUGUCCCCGUUUUAUAUCUUUGUUCUGUUGCUAAGUUCAAUAUUUGUACAAAUUAAAAAAUAUCCAAGGCUGAAGAUGAAUGUACAAUGAAUGUCAUUAGUGAAUGACUAACAAGUUAGUGCAGCUAAAUGUGGGCUGUAACUGAAAUAUGGACCAGAGGAGAGGAACGGCUCACUCAAGAUCAAAUGGAUAUAAUUUUUUUGAUAUCACGAGUGCUGUGUAUUAUGUUUUUGUUGAUAUUAACAUGUAUUAUCAUUAUUUUUGUGUUUAUUUAAAAAGAAAUGGAGAUGGGGAAGUACUGCAGUGUCGACCUGUGAAAUAAUUAUACACACGUCCUCUUUACUCUAUUUCAAUGGUGCUGGAUUGAUUUAAAAAAGAAAAUCAUAUUUAUAAGUUAAGACUGAGUCUGAUUAUCCUGAUCAACGUCCCAGAGAAUGACCAAUCAUCAACAAUCUGCAGACUUCAUCAAAAUACAUCAGAUUAUUGACACCGGAACCAAUAAAAGUAAUUAUCUUCUUCACAGCCUUGUGUGGAGAAACCUGUUCCCUUGUAGAAUAAAUAAAUGAUACGAAAAAAGAAAAAUUCAGCAUUAUCUCCAUACUGUCUUUGUAAAAUUUCCUGAAAAGUAUGAGAAGUGCCAGCAGACAGUGUUGAAAAUCACACCUGACUGCACUUACGACAGUGAGUUGAGAUAAGUCCUCUCCACUCUCCUCUCUUAUGGACCUUAUGGAUGAUUUUUAUCUAUCCACACAAAGGUUAAUUUAUUGAAUUGUGCUUUGUGUCAUAUGUUUUUUCAUGCCACACCAAGGUUCGUUCAACACACUGCAUUUUUACCCCUCGAUGCUGUUUGCCGUUGUCGUUUCAUGUAUUGCUUUCAUUACCUGUGUACCCGCCGCAAUCACGUCACAGAUCCUGCUGGCACAAUAAAGUUUUUGGGAUUCA